AUGGUGUGGUGGGGUCCGAUGUUGGGCGUUUCGGAGUUCCCAGGAGAACGUCUGUGUGGGUUUUUACAGAAGAUCAAGACAAAUGGUAAAGUCGAGGAGAUGGCACAAACUAUCAUGCGACGAUUCUGUCACCAACAGCGGCUUUUGUGUAAAGCACCUCCUGAAAAUGACCAGUCCGUACCUGUUCAGCAUAACAUCGGUGGACUUUUUGAAAUGGACGACAAAAUAUAUGAAAAACUUCUCAAAUAUCAUCAAGCUCAGGAUGAAUCUUGGGUUGACUACCGUCAACUCCCAUACCCCGAAGGGGCAAAUAUCCUUUCAGCCUAUGCACAUGAAGUGGGAGCGUUGGACGGUCGUGAUGGUGUAAGAUUUAGUAAGAAGGGUUCUUCAAACAUUGUGAAAGUAGAGAUCAAGGGACAUUAUUUAUGGGCAAAAGUUCUACAUGUUUUGUCUUUGAAAGUUACAAAGGAAAUGGUUGUGUUGGUAAGAUGGCUGGAUGUGACGAGGGAUCUAGUUAUUGAUCAAAUGUUGGAACGAUUGAGUAUGGUCCGUGUGGUUCAGAGCUUUAAAGAAGAAUUCAUCCCAGGUUCUUCGGUCGUAAGUACUCUGGCUCAUAGAGAGCUACCUGCAUGGACCCUUGGACUGAAUAGCCCAAGUUUGCUUUUAAUGGGGGUCAACCCCGGUGAUCAUGAUUAUGUGGGGGCGGACGAACUGGAAGAAAUAACUCUACACCGCGAUCAAGAUGCCAUGGAACUCGAUGCGGAUGUUUCCAUGGUGCUCAAUUUGUUUAUAUAUAUUUUUCCCGUUCCAAGACACGCUCAAUGA